CUUCCCCUUCCCCUUCCCCUUCCCCGGAGAGAGAUUAAAAAAUUAAUUAACAGAAGCCACCAUUGGAGCAAAGCUCAGAGCUUCAUUAGCUUUCUCCUUCCUUCUGUCUCUAUGUCGGGCGAAGAACCGGCGGGGCUGAGCUCCCAGCAGCUCCUCUUCCAAGACGAUCCCUCCCUCCGCUUCGCCCGCGUCGGCGGCGAUCCGGGGCCCAAGCCCCGGGAGCUCGGGGCCCCCAGCUACAUCCGGGACCGGUACUUCGCUCCACAGGGCGCGGAGUUCCGCCGGAGCCUCUACCCCGACGGGCCGGACCUCCGGGAACCCAGGUGGAACGGGGGCAGCGACACUCCCAGCGGCGGUGACGCGACGGACGGCAACGAGGAUGACGAUGACGACGACGACGACGAGGAUGUCCACGCGGGUAGAAAAGUAGCUGCGAAGGACGCCAAGUCCACACAGCCCAUGAAUAAUGCUAGAGCCAGCUCCACUGAGAUUCAUCAUCAUCAGGGGCGAAUGGGGAAUUACGCUAACACCGUCACAAUAGCGGAGCCUGAUGGUGAAUUGUUCUACUCACAGUAUUUGCGGGGGUCUGAGGCGUCUGAGAGCAGACAGAAGGAUGUGCCUGUCGAGAACACUUGUGGGUUUAGCGGAAGGAAGGAUGUAGCUUUUCAGAGUGACUCAGGAGAGCCGUUACGGGCUAUUCUUUCUGACCCCGUGACGGGAGCUCUUAUGGAUGAUGCGAUGAUUUUGCCCUGUGGGCAUUCCUUUGGAAGUGGUGGCAUGCAGCAUGUCAUUGGAACGAAAGCCUGCCCCACUUGUUCGCAGUCAGUAUCUGAAGAAUCAAUACUGCCGAAUCACUCUCUGCGAGCAGCUGUACAAGCAUUCCGGCGGGAAGAAGACGUGCUUUUUAACCGCUCAUUGAAGAGGAGGAGAGACAGGGUUGAACAGGAUAUGAACAGUUAUGCAUAUUCACUCAUGGAUCUAUCAAGGAGUAGUAGAGGCGUCCAAUUCCCUUUUGCCGUGACAGAUAGAGUUAUAAUAAAGUUCAGGGGAACAAAAGGACACCUCAGCGCUUUGUUGGACGUGAGGCUAUCGUGACAACACAGUGCUUGAAUGGAUGGUACGUGGUGAAGACCCUUGACAAUGCAGAGAGUGUUAAGUUACAAUAUCGAUCGCUUGCUAAAGUCACCAAUGACUCGUCAUCGAAGCUGAGCUCGGGCAAGAUGGCCCCAAACUGGCUUCAUUCAUGAGACCUUAUUCCUCAGAUCCUAGUGGAAGUUUUCGACCUCAUUCUUAAGAACCAGGACUCUCUUGGUCUCCUUUAACCGCCCGCCGUCCAUUCUUGUACAUUCUUGUAACCAUCAAAGUGAUUUGAAACGAGAAAAACAGAGUUCCAGGACAGUUUAUGAUGUCAGUUUUGCUUCUUCACCUGUGCACAGUAAGCUGGCGAUCUUGUAUUUGAGCAGUUGUAUUAUUCUGUCUUUUUUUUUCCCCCUUCCUUUUCUUCCUUUUCUUUGGGUGCUGAGAUUUAUCUCCUUGUAAAAACCAUUCGCUAUUAUCUAAUUCAAUGUAAAAUUAUUGGUGGACA